GUUUAAAGCCAUUACCUAUAUUUUGUCUAUGGGCAAUUUGUUUCUACAUAAUUAUAAUCUAUACUCAGUUUUUACUAAUACAUAUUCAUAAUCAAUUACGACGAAUCGUUCUAUAUCAUCCGCAUCUAUUCAACUUGACGUUUCACCCAAAACGAAUAAUAAAUUAGUAAUAGAGCGUACUCUGGGCUAAGAAUUGUGUAGUAACAACCAUCGGAAAUGUUCUUACCUACAAUUAUAUUUUAGCGCUUAAUAUAAUUUUAUAUAUUAUAGAGGUUCAAUGUUUGGAUGUAACUAAGCCUCUAGAAUAGGCGCAAUAUAAUGUCUGUCAAUGAUCGAGUCUGUUUACAUUUCUGAACGUUUGUAUGGAAUUAAUAUGAAUUAUUAUACGGACAAAUCACCAUUGAGAAUUAGACAUUUGACAUGUUGUGCCUUAUUUGGAUCAAUUUAUGUAUUUGGAAUUUGGCUAUAUUUAAAAAUGAAUGAAACAUUAACGCCUAAGCGCAUCAAGGAAAUACCAGUCUUUAGUCAAAACGCCUGGGAUGAUGAAUCAUACCGGAUCGAACAGGACCUAAACGAAAGAUUUAGUUUGGAAGACAUUAUGCUGACUCAAUGCACAGAUGCUUUAUUAGCCGCAGACCCGGGACAGUCUAAAAUUGAACUGAAUGGAGAUAGACUAAUUUAUGUUGGUGACACUAUCCUUUUUAACGUUUUUCUUUUCGAUGGGUAUGGAAAGAAAAAAUAUGUUGGUGGCGAUCACCUUCGAGCAAGGCUGUUCAAUGAUUCUAUCAAAGCAUAUACAAAUGGACACAUUACGGAUCACAGAAAUGGAACAUAUACUGUACAAUUAGAUGCAAUAUGGUCGGGUGUAACACAUUUAGAAGUAGAACUUUUAUACACGAGGGAAGUAAUAGCAGCUAUGCUUCGCUUGAGGCGCGACUGGCAUUUCAGAGAUGUAAGAGCAAUAUUUACACGUUUCAAUAUCUCAGAGUCGACGCAUUGUAAUUCUGACGAUUUAACAUUAAAAGAUGACACUGGAUAUUCGAGUCUGUGCAAUUUGUUUUACUGGAAUAGCACAAUGCCGUGGUUUUGUGUAAAACCAAAAUACAGAAACUUAUCUUGUACUGAUCUGUCAUUUUACACGCACAACUGGCUUGGAUAUGUCAAAACUCUGAACAGAUGUGAACUUCGCCUAGCAAACAGGAAACUAUUUACAAUUGGGAAGAUUAUAAGUAUUACAAUAUAUUCAACUUCUAGAAGUAAACGACAAGCAUCGUUUGAUUUACAAACUACACCAUGCACAAAAUAUAGCAGAAAAAAGCUGUGGGUUUUAAAAAACUCAACAGGAUAUUUCUACAAUGGGACUUGGAUACUACGACAUUGUAAAGGAGAGCUUAAAAGCGUAGGAGAAUGUCUCCGCAACACUACCUUGUACUUUUGGGGAGACUCAACACUUCGCCAGUGGUUAUAUUAUUUUCAAUCUCAUUAUUUGUUCCUGGGAUGUACAAUUAUAUAUCCAGAAGGUAAGGGAUUUUUUAAAAGGAUCCAGGCUUAUUGCAAACAAUACAAUUUAUUGUUGAUUUAUAUACCUCAUAACAUUCCGGCAGCUGCAGCUAGGGAUUCUAAUACGAACAUUACUUUUGCUAACACAUUGCCCGAUCAAUUGAACUGUUCAAAAAGUACAGGCAAACGUAUUUUAGUUAUUCAUUUGUACGCACAUAUCCAGCUUCAAAGUAUAAAGUUUUUCAUUGCCAAUAUGCUGUCGGUACGGCGGUAUUUGGAACAAUUGAAAGAUUGUGUUUUUAGAAUUUUUAUAAAAUUGCCCCACACGCAUCGAGAGGAGAGAUACGAAACUUGGACCAUAAGGCAGCCAGACUAUAUUGGCUUUCUAUAUACUUUCAUUAUACGUGAAGUGUUGCAUGGGCUUCGCCAAAAAGUAAUUCCCCUAAAUAACAGGGAUGCAACAAUUGCAACAAAAAAUAAGGAUUUACAUCCAAACACAAUGUUGGUAUCUGCUAUGGUUGAAACAUUCUUGAACUACAUAUGUGAUGAUCGCAGAGAAAGACAUUAAUGUUUAUGUAUGUAUUGAAACAUUUAAUAUCUAUUUAAAUACGUGAAUAAUUUCGAUUUGAACACUUAGACACUUGCCGAAAAGCAAUCGGGAAGCACGAUAUGAAAGAAUGUUUGUUGUAUAAUCAGGACAUGUUUUCUCCGUAUCUAUACAAUGUGCGUAAAUAGCAUGGCAGCUUUUGCAUUAUCACAUUUGACUGCUGAGUAUGUCAUUAAAAGAAAAUCUUGCCUUUCGUCAUUUUGCAGCAAUUCUUCUGAUAUAUAUACGAAUCAACGGAAUUAUGCGAUUUUACAAUAUGCUGUAGUGCUAGAGUGCAUGUACCUUUUGUUUUACGUCACAUUUUUACAGAAAUAAAUGCGGCUUGUCAAAAAUACUGA